AAUGAUGUUGCGUUAAAUUAAAUUCAUUUAUUUAAAAAAUGAAAAACUUAAACCAAAGACAUUUCUAAAUUCAAAUUGCACUUCAAAUGAAAUGAAAAAGCAAUUAAAAUAACGAAGUGGUAAAAAAAAACAUAUAUAACCACCUUUCCAUUUACCGUCAGGCAAGUAUCAGUCUAUGACAACAGGCAGAAAAUUACUAAUACAAAUUAAGAUCUAAAAAUAAUUAUAAAUGUAAACAUAAUAAUUAUAAUGAUAAUAAUCACUAAAAUAUAAAUCAUGGUUCGAGAUGAACAUUUUUUUGUAUUAUUUUAUGAUUUAAUCACUGAUGUAUAGGCUAUAUAUAAAGUGACCCUGCAGAGUUGCGCUCACAACGAACUGCUCUGUGGAAAUAAAGCAAACUGAUCUCAGAUCACCUUCUGAGCUGAGAUGGUCUGAGGUCAUUUGCAGUAUUCUCAUAGAUGAUACUAUUCUUGCAAAAAAAAUAAAAAAAAAUAAAUUCAGAUGACCGAAACAAAGAGAGUGAGAACCCUUCACAUUUGCAUGUUCCACGAGACUGCACGCCUCUGAACAAACAGCACGUCAGACAUGCACAUAGCUUUUCUGUCAUCUGUUCUUAAAAAUAUAAUAAAGUGAGUUUCUUCAAGCACGUGUCUGUGUGUCUAACAGCAUUUCUUGUGUCAUUCCGAAUCCGAGACGUCUUACAAUUACCCACCAUGCACAUUAUAUUCGCUAACUGCAAUUAAACGUCUUCUGUCAGUGCACGUACUUUGCUGGUGUAAUUUGAUACGUUGGUAAAGAACAUCUGACUUUCAAUGCGUUAUUUAGGUUCAUUUAUCAUGGGUCACAAACUUCAUUAGGUAACUAUAUUUAAGGGUGUGUUCACACUUGUAGUUCGGUUCUCUUGGUCCGGACCAAAAAAUAAAAUGAUACAUUCGCUUAGUGUUCACACUGGCAUUUUUAACACUGAACCUAUAGAUACAAAACAAAAGGCAUAACGAUAAGGUCACAACCCGAUUGGACAGCUUUUAUGACAUAUAUUUUGCGACAGAACUUGCCGAACAUCCAAAACAAUGCUGGCUGCUGGGCUAAAUGCACUCGUUGGAUGUAUAUAUGGUGGUAUUUUUACCAGCUGAGAACAAAAGAGGAGUUAAUAAAAUGCGUAAGGAUUCAAAACAGCGCCGGGAAUUCCUUCAUUGUACACACAAAUGAAGAUAUGCUGCAAGGACGGCUGACGGCGGUUCCGACACCUGUACCGAACUAUAAUGGGCAACAUAGCUCCUAUGAUGAGAAGAACCAGGUAUGCUUGAGGAAAGGCUGAUGGAUGGAGCGAGGGAUCAGUAUGAGGAACAAUUGAAAGAGGUUUUUGAGAGUUUUGAUGGCAGUGGUUUGGGCUCUCUGUGUCCUGAGGAACUGACCGAUCUCUGCCGCACCCUUCAACUGGAGGAGAACACGCUGAAAACACUCGUACACACAUUACUGCAGGACCAGCUCAGUGAACGGGUGGAUUUUGAGCAGUUUAAAGAUGCGCUGAUUCUUGUGUUAUCGAGCACAAACACCAAUGAUCCACAGGAAUGUCCUGAACGACCAGAUUCCCCAGAGGUCCAGCCGCGCUUUGUGAAGGGCAGUAAACGUUAUGGCCGCCGCUCUGCUCCAGAGUUCAUACACACACACACAGAUCCAUACACACAGGCUGAAGAUGAGAAGGAUGAAGAUGCUCAAGACACUGAGAGGACUGUACCCAGGAAACGUGAGCGCUGGAACGCUGACGUUAGCAUUUCUGAAGAGUUUGAGGCAGAAGGUCAGCUGCACCUUUGGAACCCUGAUGAACCCAGCACACCAUGUAGCAAUGCAAUGCCACUCUGUGACUUGGAGGAGCGUUUCCAGAACGCUUGCCGUGAACUCUCUCUACCAAUGAAUGGCAUGGCCACACUGCAACAGCUACACACACUCUGCCAGCACACAGGCAUAGAGGUGGGUGAGGAUCUGUUCCAGUGUGCUGAUGAAAGCAUGAUGGACAUGCAGGAGUUUGUGUCGUACAUUAUAAACCACAGCAAACCACCCACACCAUCAGCUUCUACACCCUACAGACAAUUAAAGAGACUCCACUUAACUCAGUUUGAUGAAACUGGCCGUAGGAUCUCAUGUGCAUUGAGCAGUACAAUCGGUCUGCAGCUGUUUUCAGUUUUGGAUGAUGGAUCAGGUCAUGCUCCUACUGAAAUUCUGCUCUACAGAUGGAUGGAAGAGGGAGUCGACAAUAGCUCUGAGAUCCUGCAGGCUCUGGAUUUUAACCUGGAAGGCAAAGUGAAUCUGUCUGAGCUGACUCUUGCUCUAGAGAAUGAACUGCUGAGCUCUAAGAACGCAGUCCACCAGGCAGCGUUAGUGAGCUUUAAGGCAGAAAUCAGACAUCUGCUUGAGUGUCUUGACCUGGAAAGACGUGAGAAGGAGAGAAUUCGCUCUGAUCUAGACAAAGCAGAGAAGCUCAAGUCUCAGCUGGCAUCUGAAGUGGAUGACCACCAUGCUGCUAUUGAGCGCAAUAAUGAACUCAAUCUCAGGAAGUUGGAGCAGGAAUAUAAAGAGAGUAUGACAGCUCUGAGGGCAGAGCUAAGUAAAGAGGUGGAGCUUGUGCAGCAACAGUCCAAUCAGCAACGAGAAGAGCUGGAACAGGAAAUUGGGAAGAUGAGAGAUGAUGAAAAUGUCCUACGAGAACACCUAACGCUCACCAUUAAAGAGAACGGUCGUCUGGAAACUGAACUUCUCGAGAGCACAGAGAAACUGGUGGAGGCUGAAAACCAGAUUAACAAACUACAGAAAAACCUGGAUGGAGUUUUGAAAGAGAGGUUUGGCGAUUUGGAUCUAGACAGUGCUGAGUUUUACCAGCAAGAGGACCGUCUGAGACAGCUACGUAGGAACUAUGAGGAGCAGUGUAGGGAGUUGCAGGAUCGUAUAGAUGAGUUGGAAACUCAGUUGGAGGAAUAUCAAACUUUAGGCAGCAUCCCCUCAACCCGUCCUGAACAGAGUCUUUCUGAGGAACUGGCCAGAAAGAGCCCAGACCCAAGUUCUCAGAAGCGGCAGACAUUAAACAUGACUUUGGAGACGGAGAUGCUACUGGAGCAGCACCAAAGAGAGAUAGAAAACAUCAGGGCCAUGAUACAAGAAGAACAACACAGUGCAGAGGAGGCGAGGAGUUGUCUUUCCCUGCAGCACCAACAGGAGGUGCAGAUUUUGAGGGAGGAGAUGGCAAGAGAGCUAGAACGAGCAAACAGGCUGCAGCAGGAAGUGUCUGCCCUCCACACUCUCCACCAGCAGGAGCUCAGCUCUCUCAUGCAAGAGGUGCAGGACACUAGGAGCCGUGCAGAGCAGCUGAAGGAGCAGGUGGGAGUUCUGGAGGAGAAACGGACUGCUUAUGAGGAGCAGAGCAAAGCGCAUGCAGAGGAGAUCAGCCUGAUGGAAUUUAAGCACCAGAAGGCGCUAGAGGCAAGUCUGCAGCAGCAGAGAGAAAGACUGCAGGAAGAGAGGGAAAAGGAGGAGAGGAGGCUCACGGAGCAGUGGAAACAAGCGCUGGAACAUUUGCAGAGGAGCCAUGAGGAGGUUCUAAGUGCUCAGCUUGAGGAGGUUCAGCAGAAAACCAAACGGGAGUGUGUUGAGCUGGAAAAGAGGCUAAGGGAGGAGUGGGAACAGGAAAGGCAGAAGUUAGAGGAGGUCAGUAAGGAGGCGCUGCAGGCCGUACUGGAGGAGAGGAGAGAGAGAGAGAGGAAGCUUAGGCAGCAGUGGGAUGAGGAGCGUGCUUUAUUGGAGAAGAAGCAUCAUGCUAUUCUCCUACAGCAUUUAGAGGAGGAGCGGGAAUGCUUCCGUGCACAGCAGGAGGAGACCAAGAGCAUCAUGAUGGAGCACUGGUGUACAGAGAGAGCUCAGCUGGAGAAACAAAGUGAGGAGGCACUGCAGGCCAGUUUGAAGCAGGAAAGAGAGCGACUGCAAGCAGAGAGAGAAGAGCAAGAGAGGAGGUGGCAGCAGGUACUAAAUGAAGAGCAAAACCGGAUGGAGGAGGCACACAGGGAGGCCAUGCAGGAGCUAAGUGCCAAACACAGUAAAGAGAGAGAGAGACUCAGCAGCCUUCUGGAAAAAUUGCGCACUGACAUUGCAGAAGAGAGGAGUGAAGUUUGUCGUCUGGCGAAAGAAAACCUCAUUCUAAAGCACAAGAUCUCAACCAUCAGAGAGGAGGACUUGAGAGAGAACCAGGAGAACUUGCGACUUCAGCACAUCAAGCAGGGGAAGAGAACGGCACAGGCUUUUCGUAGACAGCUCUCAGAGCCACGCCGUCUUGGGCAGCAGCUGGAGGAGGAUAAUAUUUUAUUACAACAGACUGCAGAGCAUUUCUUUCGACAUACUGGCCAGGAAGUGAUGCGUCACCAUGACCAAAGCCCAGGCAAUGAGAUGAAUGGGUUCCAGUUGUUUGAUCGGGAUGAUUUUGUAUCCAGAACAGAGAAGGAACUGCUUAGAGCAGAACUGCAUCGGUGCAUAGAAAAGGUGAUGUCACUGGACUCCUCUUUACAGACGCUCACUCAGCAGAAUGCUCGUCUCAAAUCUGACCUACGCAUCACACAACAGGAAAGAGAUGCCCUCAAACAGGAAGUGAUUUCACUUCACAAACAAAUGCAAUCUGCCAAUGAGAAGUUGUUGGAGGUCUCUGUUGUGUCUUCUGGUCAGCAGCAGGGAAGGCGUGUGUGGGCGGAGCUUUCAUGCCUUAUGGAGGCGGAGCAUUCCUCAUUAACAGCUGAGAACCAGCAACUAAAGCGACAGAUGAGUGAGAUUUGCUCAGAGCUCCAAACAGCAAAGGAGCAGAUCCAUCAGCUAGAGGUGUUGAGUAUGAAACAUAGAGGGCUGGUGAGAACUGCAGAUCAAGAAAAAUCAGCCUUGAAACGUGAAAUGGAGUCUCUUCACACACAGCUGCUGUCAACACGGAACAAGGCUCAGCUGGCUGCAGUCUUGCCCUCAUCUCCUCUACAGUUGCCAGGGGAACAGAGGAGACAGCACCAUAGUGACGGCCCCAACUUCAACAUGAAGGAUGAGCGGGAGGUGACGCUUUUACAUAUGGAGGAGAGAAUGAGUGAGGUGGAGCUCAUGCUAAGAAACCUCAAACUGUUGCUACAGGAGAAAGUCUCUCAGCUGAAAGAACAGUUGACUAGAAACAGUGAAGCUGAUGUGUUAAUUAAAGACCUAUAUGUGGAGAACGCUCAGCUGCUGAAGGCCUUGGAGAAAACAGAGCAGCGUCAGAAAGUAGCAGAGAAGAAGAACUUCCUCCUGGAGGAGAAAAUUUCCAGUCUCAACAAGAUUGUCCGUGACCUUGGCCCUUCUCCGCUGACCCCUACACCCUACCACUUUACACACUCAUGAUUUGACACAUAAUUUUACAAUUGCACAAACUCACGCAAUGAACUACUUCUACUGUAUACAUGUAAACCCUAACUUUAAAAUUAAUGUCCAGUGCUUAGAAUGCCAGAAAUGCAUUCACACUUGUAUGUUUGGGAGGUGAUUUGCAUGAGAGCAACAAGAUGGUACAUUGUUUUAUUGCAUCAUGACAACUGCCUCUGCAGGUAAAAAAGAAAUCUAACCGAUCUGACUACUUGUAAUGGCUCUUGCAUAACAUAGCAUAGAGCAUUAAAGAAAAGCAUAAAAGCAGUUCAGUUGACCUGUGCACUAUAUUUUGAUUCUUUUGAAGCCACACAAUAUCUUUGUAUAAGGAAUGGACAGAAAUGGGAGUCAUUAUUUGCACACAUAAAAAUAAAAAAAUAAAAAUCUCCUCUGCCAUAGCUCCCAAAUCUAAUUCCUGCUCAGUUUUAUUUCUUGGUGAACUAUUCCUUAACUAUAUUAAGUUCAGUUAAAUGUUUUGUUUGUUUGCUUUUAUCAUUUGAUUUGGAUUUUUAUUUUAAGACUAUGCCAGUUUAUUACCAGUGAGUAUGAAACUCAAACUGCAAUUGGAAAGUUUUUCUAUCCGAAAUGGUGAAAUUCCUUAGAGAAGCUUAUCCUACAGGCAGCUGAGGCCCCUGGGUUCACUUACACAUCCAGCCACCUAUCAUUUCUUGAUUUUCAGUGAAAUGCAAAUAAGGUUGGUCAGUCUCUGCUUUUCAGAGAAGGGAAGUAAAAAAACAGUGUCUCACUAUUUAUUCUGUUCAUUUUUGUUUGUUAUAGUGAUUUUUUUUUUUUUCCCUCUGGGAUUGUUUGUAUAAUAUUUUUAACUUCAUAAUUUAAGGGAUAGUUCACCCAACAAUGAAAAUUCUCUCAUGCCAUCCCAGAUGUGUAUGACUUUUCAUCUUUUGUUCAACACAAAGAUUUUUAGAAAAAUAUCUUGGAAAAAAAAAAAUUUAAGCUCCAAAAAGCACACAAAGGCUGCAUGAAAUGAAUCCACAUGACUCCAGUGGUUUAAUCCAUGUCUUCAGAAGUUAUAUGAUUGGUGUGGGUGAGAAACAUCAAUAUUUAAGUCCAUUUUUACCAUAAAUUCUCCUUCCUGCCCAGUUGGUGGUGAUACGCACGAUUCAAAGAAUGCAAAUCACCAAAAACAAAAUAAGAGGAAAGUAAAAGGGGAGAUUGAUGGUAAAAUAAAAAAAAUAAAAAAAUGACUUAAAUAUUGAUCUGUUUCUCACCCACACCUAUCAUAUCGCUUCUGAAGAUAUGGAUUUAACUACUGGAGUCUUAUGGAUUACUUUUAUGCUGCCUUUAUGUGCGUUUGGAGCUUCAAAAUGUUGGUACCUUUGCCUUGUGAGGACCUACAGAGCUGAAAUAUUCUCUCAGAAAUCUUCGUUUGUGUUCAGCAGAAGAAAGUAAGUCAAACACAUCUGGGAUGGCAUGAGGGUGUGUAAAUGAUGAGACAAUUUUCAUUUUUGGGCUAACUAUUCCUCUAAGUAAUUUGUGGUGCCGGUUCUUAUAUAAAAUCACUUAAGUUUCAGCAGGACCUUGUACUGUUUAUUUUAUCUACCUAUGCAUCAUAUACUGUAAUCAUGUAUUAUGAGCACUGUGAAUAUGAAUAAUAGGGAGCCUAUUAAAAUAUUUAUGUGGAGUGAAAAAAACUCAGAGCUCAGAGAUGUCAGCAUCAUGGUAACUACAGUAGGCCUAUAAUUUGUGUGCGGAGAGGAAAAUUACUAGUUAUGGAGUUUCAUUUCAGUCGUCUCCCGCCGAGUGCUCGGUUUAUGAGUUUGGAUACUUACGCAUAAAGUAUUACAGGCAUUCAAGCAUUUUAAAAUUGCUUUGAAAUGUGUGUCCUUGAAUGUUUAGAAUUGUAACUGCCUUAGGUGAAGUAAGCUAUGCUUUACCACUGUUUGUGAUGGAAAUGACUUUAACUUAAAGUGUUAACUAUAUAACACUCAGUUGUAAGAACAAAUAUAAAAUACCUUAUCUUUUUUAAAACAAACAAAAAAAGUAAAUA